AUGAAGGUGGCUGCUGCUGCUGAUGCUACCGCGAGCCCUUCCGCCGACACGAACUUCGUCGAGUCCUUGUGCAGCGCUGUGCGGUACCCCACGCUCUGCGUGCGGUCGCUCACGGCCCACGCCUCGGCCAUCGAGCAGAGCCCGCUGCAAUUGGCCCAGUCCCCCUUGGCGGAGAGCUUAUCCGGGGCUCGGUCCACCAGGCUCCUCUUGGUGAGAUCGAACAAGUUUAAGGGCCCGAAGGUGACGGAUUACAGAGCUAUAAGAGAAUGCUUUCAAUACAUGGACGACGCCGUGAACCUGCUCACGAAGUCGGUGAAGGAGAUUCAGAGCGCGGCCGAAUCGAAAGGCAAGUACUACCGGUGGCAUGUGAGCAAUGCCAAGACUUGGGUCGACUCUGCGGAGCAGGACUCGUACACUUGCUGCGAUGGGUACAUGGUCGGAUUGCAGAAUGGCCGGUUGAAGACUUCGACCCAGUCCCACGUGGCUGAUGCCGGACAGCUCACCAGCAACUCGCUCACUCUGAUCACGAAUUUGAGCCGGUGA